CAAGGUGACUGACAGGCCGCCUCGGUGGUGGAUUGAGCGGGUCUGAGCGAGGUUCCCAGAGGGCUGCGCGUGCUGCGCUAGCCGGCGCUGUCAUGGCGGGCGUGCUGAAGAAGACCACUGGCCUUGUGGGAUUGGCUGUAUGUGAGAGUCCACACGACAGGCUAAGAAUAUUGUACGCAAAGAUUCUUGAUGUUCUUGAGCAAGUCCCUAAAACUGCUGCCUACAGAAAGUAUACAGAACAGAUUACAAAUGAGAGGCUGGGUAUGGUUAAAGCGGAACCAGAUGUUAAAAAAUUAGAAGACCAACUCCAGGGUGGCCAAAUAGAAGAGGUGAUUCUUCAGGCUGAAAAUGAACUAAGUCUGGCAAGAAAAAUGCUACAAUGGAAACCAUGGGAGCCUUUAGUGGAAGAGCCUCCUGCCAACCAGUGGAAAUGGCCAAUAUAAUCAUGAUUAAAUGACUUGUGUGUUGACAGGAAAAUGAUAUAAUUAAAUGUUCUGUUGUAUCAAAAAUGUUUCCAUGUUAUUGACAUCUUAUAAUCAAAAAAAUUGAUAUAAACAUAUUUAGGAGACUUGUUAAAAUUGAUGAUUAUGUAAUAGGAACUUACGAAUCAGUUUUGGUUUAUAGAGCAUUCAUUCAAAUUAUUUCAAAGAUGAUAUUUUUUUCAAACAGAUGUGGGAGAUUUGGAGGUUAAUUAGAAAAAUUCCUGUAGAUUUCAACACAGAGGCCAUGUUUGAAGUCUGAAGUAUUUUUAGUAUUCAGCACAUCAUUUAGUGUUUUUUAUUCUGAAAAAAAAAA